AUGUACCGGCCCGGCAAUGGAAGCGCCGCUCAGAAGCCGAAGGAUCGCCCACCACCUGCUGGUGGCAAUGCCCUCGUCACCUUCGAUGCCCAGCUGGCAAAGCAGCAGGAAGAGGCGCAGCUUGCCAAGGAGAGGCCCAAGAAGAACGACUAUUUGGAUGUCUACACUGGCCCAAAGGUUAAGUGGGAGGAUACAGGGCUGUACAAGGCCCUGGUCAAGUCCCAGGAUAUCGAGGAGGAGCUGACCAAAAUCCGGAAUUUGAUCCGUAAGCGAACAGAUCCUGGGUACGAGCCCAAUGACGAGGAAGACUUCAAGGUGGCACCAAUCCGAAAGUUCGAUGCGAAGAACGACUACUACAAACUGUUGGAAGUUGAUGACUUUGCGUCGGUCAAGGAUAUCAAGGGGGCCUACAAGCGCCUGGCCCUGCAGUACCACCCGGACAAGAAUCGGGAUAAGAAGCCUGACAAGCUUCGAGAGAUGCAGGAUGAGUUUGAGAAGAUCCAGGAGGCCUACGAGAUCCUCUCAGACCGCGCCACCCGGCGGCAGUACGACCGCUCCCGCUUCGAUGAAGCCAGGGCCAAGUCUCAGGGGAUGAACUCUUCCUUCUACUCGCAGAAGACAAACAGCGACGCCAACUUUUGGGGCCGAUGGUCGGGCAAGAAGGAGGGCCGAGAGUCGGGCGUCAAUGCGCAGGACGUUCAGAACCUGCUCAAGUCCAAGGCCCCCAAGCUGCCAAAAGCUGCAGACCUCCGAUUUGAGAUAAAGAUCUCCUUGGAGAAAGCGCUUAGAGGCGGCCUGAAGAUCCGAGAGGUGAAGAGGGACCGCAUGCAGCGAGCUUUUGGCGGGACGAACCAGAACCUCAAGACGGUGAACGUCAAAAUCGACCCGGGCCAGGCAGAUGGCAGCGAGUACCGGUUGGAAGGGGAUGGCCACUGGCCAAGCUUCAACACCACACCGGGAGACUUGGUCGUCAUCUUUAGACACAAGCCGCAUGCAUUUCUGCGGCAGUCCAACAAAGAAACUGGGGCCCUGCAAUUAGCAAUGCCACUGACGGUCCGUGCAAAGGCCACAGACCCGGUCCUCUCCGCUUGGUCACCAACCUUCAAAGGAAGCAUGGUGCUCAUCCGGUUUCAGAACCCUUUGCUGAAGCUUGCGCCGAAUAAGGCGUGCAAUGUCACUUUUGUGAUCGACGGUGAGGGACUCCCAGUCCCAGGAGAACCCACGCGUCGAGGGCCUCUAGCAGUGACGGUCCACGUUCAGCUGGACGGCAACCCUCUAGUGCCGACCAUGAAUGCCCCGUGCUGCAGAGAUGUCGUGGCAAAGCGGCAUUUGAAGAACUACAACCACCAAGCUCACCUCAGGAUUGCCCUGUCCAACCCGCGUGCUGCCGGAUUUCCCGUGCGGAAGUUCGUGGCAGGGGACGCCAAAGAGCGGGGAGGUGUGCGAGUUGGCCUGUCCUCCGUGGCCGUCAUCUGGGAGUCUGCGCCCGGGACUGACCCGGUUGCCUUCGGCAAAGCCGCGGCAGCCUUGGGCCACCAGGCCCAGCUGAAUCCCCAAAACUACGGUUGGUGCUGCAACGUGGGGCUCUUGAGGCAGGCCCUGCCUCAAGCCAGUCACGUUGCGCUGGCAGAUGAGGAACUUGCCAGCGAGAGCGAGGAGGAGAAGGAUGUGAAGGAAGUUUUGAAGCAGCGAAAAGGACACGAGCUCACGAAGCGGAGGCGUGUUCGGAGGCAGCGGCCGGAGGUCGAGAGCUUUUUGCUACGUUUUCAGCUGGGUCCCCCAGAGGGCUUCCCAGAUCCAGGCUCCACCGACGAGGAAGCUGAGCCACAGAGUCCUGUGGUGCCUGCAACAGCCUUUAGCGGCCAGCCGGGACAAGCGACGGUGGAGCUGAGAGUAGAAGGUGAGAAGGAGGGAGACGAAGAGGCGGAGUUGACUCGCCUCAUUCGGGAGAAGCAGAGUGAGCUGGAGGCCGCCAAGCGGAGAUGGGCAGAGAAGAAAGAGCAUCAGCAAGGGGAGCGGCAGGAGGAGGAAGGACUCCUCCGCGAGCUGUUGGAGAAGGACAAGAAGCGGGAGCUCGAGCGAGUGGAGCGGGAGAUGAACGGGCUGCGCUCCACCUUUGAGUUCCAACUGCAAGCCGAAAAGAAGUGGGUGGAUGAGUUCAUCUCCACCAACAACUACCAGAAUCAUUGGGUCUGUGUCUUCAAGCCCGCCAUGGUCAUCCGGAACAAGCCCGCAGAGGAUGGGCCCAUCACCCGCCGGAUCGUUACGGAUGAGGUGAUCAAGGCAAAGGGCAAGGUGACGGAUGACUACUGGAUCCAGCUUGAGACAAACGAGUGGGCCCUAACCUGGCACAAAGUCCACGGCCAGCUGCUCCAGAGAUGGUUUGGUCCAGAGCAGCAACGAUACAUGGAUCUCCAGGCCAAGAUUGAGGAGCGGCGCAAGGGCCGCAACGAGACCUUUGUGGCCUAUCGACGAAAGAAGAAAGAAAUUGAGCAGUGGAGCAUCCCUCCGGGUCCGUCGGAGGAAGAAAAGUGUGAGUUGGAAGACGAAGAAGGAGAGCAGCUUCACUUCUUGAUGGAACCCAUCCUGAAAGACCUGAAAGACUACAAGAGGCGCCUUCGGGAACUACGUCAGAAGCGUUUCGAGGCGGCAGCAGAGCGUCAGCGCCGCGAUGCUGGAGCAGAUGGCCUGGCUGCCGCCCCGCUGCCCGCCGGCUUCGAGGAAGCCCUGGGAAGCGAGGAGGUGCCGGAGGCCAAGGCGGAGGCCAAUGCUGAAGCCACCACAUCGGAGCAACGUCCGUGGGAGGAGACAAAGCAAGCCGCAGACAAAGCCUUCAAAGACAAGGAAUGGAAUACGGCACUCUCACUCUACGGCCAGGCUCUGGAGCUGGGCGGUGAUGCCUUGGAGUCCGCGCAGCGGGCGACGCUGAUGUCCAACCGAGCGCUUGUCUAUGCCAAGCUCUUCGACUGGGCCAAGAGCCUAGAAGAUGCGGUCGACGCGACCAUUCAGGAGCCUGAGUGGCCCAAGGCAUGGCAAGCAGCUAGGCUAGCAGGGAACAACGACCCCAACGAAAACCAGAUCUCCCAUGUCUUCGGGCAAGGGUCCAUCUGUGUAGCAAUGGAUUUCCCGGGUUGGAUGGAGAUUGCCACCAUAAUGUUCUUCAUCACCGGCCUUUUGCACAGUUAUGCAAUGAUCAAGGUGUACCAGCACUGUAAGAGCGAAUGGGAAGGGAAGAACAGCAAGAGAUGCCUCGCGGCUUUUGUGGCCUUCCAGAUCCUGCUUGUAAACUGCUUUUGGCUGGUCGGCAUCUUUAACCCUGUUGUGGACCACAGCGUUGACACGGUCUUCGCACACAGCAUUCCUUAUGUUGGCCUCCAGGUAUGCUUCUUCUUCUGGGUGAUCUUCCUCCUGGCCUUCGUUCAUCCGACAGGUGUCGGCAGGUAUCUCUUCAGCGCGGCUUACGUGGCGUCGCAGAUCUUCACGCUCGUGCUCAUCUUUUGGACUUUCGCAGAGCUGGCCCAGCCGGACGUUGAGACUGCCGGGCCCAACCGUUUCAAGGGUCCCUUGCCUCGCGAAGGCAGAAUUCUCCCUCUCUCCGAGCCCGUGAGCCUCAUUUUUCGUCUUGGCUGCUUCUUUCUGCACCCUCUGCGCAUAGCAGCGCAGUCUGAAAAGGGAGAGGCCGCGAAGGCAGUUACUGCAAAGACUGAGGAAGUUUAA